AUGUGGCGCUGGAGGUGUCCCCGCCAAGUGAGGGCUUCUGGUGCCAGUUUCGGGCUCGUCACCCCGUGUCAGACCCGCGGGGCCGGGCGGUCACACACCUGUCGCCUCUGUUUAGUGAGAGCCGUCCUUGGACUCGGGGUGAUCUUUGGACUUUGGACUUUGCAAAAAGAAGUGCGCCGGCAUUUCGGGGUCACGGCGGCCACCAUGUUCUGCUGGAUGACGGCCUCGCAGUUCCACCUGAUGUUCUACUGCACGCGGACGCUCCCCAACGUGCUGGCGCUGCCCGUGGUGCUGCUGGCCCUGGCGGCCUGGCUGCAGCAGCGGUGGGCCCGCUUCAUCCGGCUCUCGGCACUGGCCAUCCUGGUCUUCCGGGCCGAGCUGAGCCUGCUCCUGGGCCUCGUGCUGCUGCUGCUGCUCUGCACCCGGCGGCUGUCCGUGGCCAGGGCCCUGCGCUGCGCCGUGCCCGCCGGCCUGCUCUGCCUCGGACUGACGGUGGCGGUGGACUCCUAUUUUUGGCGCUACCUUGUGUGGCCGGAAGGAACUGUGCUCUGGUAUAACACCGUCCAGAACAAAAGCUCUAACUGGGGAACCUCGCCCCUGCUGUGGUACUUCUACUCGGCCCUGCCCCGGGGCCUGGGCAGCAGCCUGCUGUUCGUGCCCCUGGGCCUCGUGGACAGAAGGGCCUGGGCCUUGCUCCUGCCGGCACUGGGGUUCGUGGCCCUGUACUCGCUGCUCCCCCACAAGGAGCUGCGUUUCAUCAUCUACACCUUCCCCCUGCUGAACGCCGUGGCCGCCCGGGGCUGCGCCUACCUGCUGAACAACAACAAGAAGUCCUGGCUGUACCGCGCAGGCUCCCUCCUCGUGCUCGGGCACCUCGUGCUGAACGCCGCCCACUCGGCCACGGCCCUCUACGUGUCCCACUUCAACUACCCUGGUGGCGUGGCCAUGCAUCGGCUGCACGAGCUGGUGCCCCCCCGGACAGACGUUGUCCUGCACAUCGAUGUGGCUGCUGCACAGACGGGCGUGUCUCGGUUCUUGGAGGUCAACAGCGCCUGGAGAUACGAGAAGAGGGAGGAUGUGCAGCCUGGGUCGGAGCACAUGCUGGCCUACACACACCUGCUCAUGGAGGCGGUCCCUGAGCACCUGGCCCUCUACAGGGACACACACCGGGUGCUGGCCAGUGUCGCAGGCACCACGGGGGUGAGUCUGAACCUGACCAGACUGCCUCCCUUCAACGUCAACCUGCAGACAAAGCUGGUGCUUCUGGAGAGACGGCUCAGGCCCUCCUGAGGGAACGCCUAGCGCCCGACGAGAACAGCACAGGCACAACCACACACAUGACGUGCCUCCUAUACAGGCCCUGGAAGGCCGGCCAAAGCCACCCCCGCCACCCCUGAGACAGGGACCCCACGUUUGCACUGCACACCAGGGGGCCUGGGCACAGCCGGCUGUCCUGGGAAGCUGCUUUGGGGAGGCAGCCACAUCUGCUGCCCGUGGUGGGCCUGAGCACCUAACUAAGUGCAGCCUUUGGGAAGAUCACGUGUCUGUAGCUGUGAAGUCGGAGCCUUCGCACCUGCUGGAUGGCGUACCCCGACCUGAAUCCCACGCUGGCGAAUUUUUCUCCAUCGUCCCAGGGACACAGUUCCAUCACAAGGAAAUUUCAGACAUACACGUUCAAGUGGGAUAAGAAUUAAAGUUUGUACAUCUUUUCUUAU